AUGUCUGGCCCCACGCCAGCGAGCCAGUGGGAACUGGAUCUGCAGACCUCCAUCACUGGGAGUCGGUGGUCCAUUAUCAUCUCCUCUGUUAGGAAGCUGAUUAAAUCUGCUCCACUGAUAGAACACCAAAAAACAAUAUAUCGAUGGUACAUGGUCCCACUACGUUUAUAUAAAAUAUAUCCCCACACGUCCGUGACGUGUUGGAGAUGCAAACAAGAUAAAGGGUCAGUUCUUCACAUUUGGUGGAGGUGUCCACGCCUAAUCAGGUAUUGGGAGGACACCCAAAAGAUUAUUGUUGAGGCCACUGGCAUUCAGAUACCCUUUGAUCCCAAGAUCUUUCUACUACUAGACAUUCCCAAGGGAAUACCCACAAAAUCAAAGAAACUGAUGUACCAUGUCCUGCUAACUGCGCAAAAACUGAUAGCGCAACGCUGGAAGAUGAAUGAGACCCCUAGCAUUCCCAAUCUCAUUCAGGAA